CAGUCUAGGGUAAAAACGAAAGUAUUCGGCGACCUUCAUGAACUUUUUGAGACUUUGCAAACAAAUAUUAAUAUGUUCAAUCUAGGAUAAGAAUGUCAGAAAUCGACGACUUUUUUGAAGGCUUCAAGAAUGUGUGUAUCUAUAUUGGUAUAGGACUCGGUAGUUUGUAUGCACUUAUGUUUCUGAUUUGGCUAUGUAAAAUUGGAUUAGGUAAAUGUUUGUGCCAAUGCUGUGAACACUUGUGCGAAUGUUGCUGUGAGAUUGAUUGGAGACAAUGCUGCUACGUCUGUUGUCUCUGCUCCUUAUUUCAGAAGUGCGGUCAUUACUGUCAGGAGUUGAAAUGUGAAUCUUGCUGCCGUCGCGGUUGUUGUCAUGGGAAAAAGGUAGACCUGCACGUGAAAAGUGAAUAUUCAGAUGUAGUAGGUCAAAGUUCAGUACCUGGACCGACAUAUACGCAGAUUCCUCAUCAAACAACAUGGAGCAGCCAAAUAUACAGAGAAAGUCAGAGCUCUACACACAUUCAACCAGCAGUUAAUAAAUACAGUUUCCGUGUUGUAUCUUUCCAGCCCCUCUCACUUGAAAAUGUGUCUAGUGUUCUUAUUGAGAACGAGGUUGUUGAUCGCAGUCGUCGUGGAAGGCAACAACGGCAGCAGCAACAGAAUCAACAACAACAACAGAAACAACAACAACCACAACAACAACAACAACAACAACAGAUAAGAAUCUCUAGAAAAUCCAGGUCAAGAUCACGCUCAAAGUAG